AUGGACACCCAGGAGCUCAAACAGUAUCUUGCCGAUGCACCCCCUACUGUCGUGAGGCUUGAAAUAGAGAAGCAUUUUGAUGCAUUGAACGCUCAACAGAAGAAAUAUGCUCACUUCAUUAGCAGGGCAUGCUUCGAGGGUAGUAGGAUCGUGGCGAGGCAAAUCUCGCCCGAAUCUGAGCCAAUAUACGACUUCAUCCUAGCUCUUCAUAAGAGUGGCAGCGGUGAUUGGAAAGCUCUGCAGGCCAAGGCAGGGAUAUCAGAUGAGGAUCUGGAUCACUUCUUGCAGUAUGCCGCCCAAUUCUUAGGGAAUGGCGGAAAUUACAAAAGCUUUGGAGACGCCAAAUUUAUCCCGCGGUGUCCCGAAUCUGCCUUUUCCGCACUCGCGGGAACGUCACCGGAGGCUCAGACUUUUUACGAUGCCACGUCCGGCGCCAUCUUCUCCACUGACAAUCCUAGCCUACUACACCUUGGCUAUCCAGAGCAAGGCCAUAUGACCACUUAUUACCCAAACUCCCCUGAUAUCACCAAGGUUGAGAUUGAUGCUGUAUCUAAGUGGAUGGAGGGGAAGGGACUCCUUCCAGAGAAUACUCGUCUCGUCAAGAACAAGGAUGGUUCCUUUGAAAUCUGGAUCGCUUCCGCAAAUCGCACCAUUCCUACCCAAGGCGGCGAUAUCGGGAAGGAGACUACGUUCAAAAUUGAUAGUGGCAUAUUGGCAGGGAAGACUAUUACAUUAGUAUAUGGGGAUUACUCCAAAGAGAUGGCUGCUAUAACAGCAAGUAUCAAGAGGGCAGCAGAAAAUGCCGACACCGAAGUCCAGAAGAAUAUGCACAAUGCCUAUGCAAGAUCCUUUGAGAAUGGAUCAAUACAGGAUUUCAAAGAGAGCCAGAGAUUCUGGAUUCGCGACAAGGGACCGAUGGUCGAAUGCAACAUUGGAUUCAUCGAGACAUACCGAGAUCCUGCUGGUAUUCGAGGUGAGUGGGAGGGGUUUGCCGCCGUUGUCAACCUGGAACGAACAAAAGCAUUUGCAGGCCUUGUAGAGGCGCAGCCUUCCCUUGUCCCAUGCUUGCCAUGGGGCAAAGACUUCGAGAAGGACAAGACCUUCUCGCCAGAUUUUACAUCCCUUGAAGUGAUGACAUUUGCCGGUUCAGGUAUACCUAUUGGUAUUAAUAUCCCGAACUAUGAUGACAUUAGACAGCGUGAGGGUUUCAAGAAUGUGUCACUAGGAAAUGUUAUGAACGCAAAGGCGCCAAACGAGAAGAUUCCAUUUAUCGCCGAAAAGGACCUUGAUGUUUUAAGGCGUUACCGCGAUGAUGCCCUGGAAAUCCAGGUUGGUCUCCACGAGCUCACAGGUCACGGGUGCGGUAAACUGCUGCAAGAGACCGAACCAAAUGUAUACAAUUUCGACAAGGCGAACCCACCCAUUUCCCCUUUGACCGGAAAGCCUAUUACGACCUGGUACAAGUCAGGUGAGACCUGGGGCUCGGUCUUUGGAAGCUGGGCUGGCGCGUAUGAAGAGUGCCGCGCCGAGCUUGUGGCUAUGUCCCUUAGCUGUGAAUUCGCUGCGUUGAAAAUCUUCGGAUUUGGUGAUGGAUCGGUCGACAUGGACGGCGAAGCUGGAGAUGUUCUUUAUGCUUCUUACCUCUCCAUGGCUCGAGCUGGUAUUACGUCACUAGAAAUGUGGGAUCCUAAGAGUCGGAAAUGGGGCCAGCCUCACUCGCAAGCACGGUUCUCCAUUCUCCAAUGCUUCAUAAAUGCAGAAGAUGAUUUCUGCAAACUGGACUAUCAAAAGGACGACUUGUCUGACUUGACCGUCAAGCUGGAUCGCUCCAAGAUCCUGACAGCAGGCCGGAAAGCCGUGGAUGACUACCUCCUGAAAAUCCACAUUCACAAGUCGACGGCUGACGCCGAGGGGGGAAUCAAGCUCUUUGGAGACAUGACGAACGUCGAUGACUUUUGGGGGAAGAAGGUCAGAGACGUGGUUUUGCAAAAUAAGCAGCCCCGAAAAGUGUUCGUGCAAGCCAAUACUUUCAUCGAUGAGGCGACCGGCGAGGUCACGCUGAAGCACUACGAUGCUACCCCUGAGGGCAUGAUCCAGAGCUGGGUCGACCGAAACGUCUGA